AGCUUUGGAGUUUGGACAUGCACGUCACCCGCCCAUUGCUCUCUCUCUCUCUCUCUUUCGCUCCGUGCUCUGAUCUCUAAAGACCGACGAGACUACCAGUCCGUCACCAGCCAUGGAAGCUCUCAGAGCUUCCUUCUCUCCUUCUCUUCACCACCUCCACCCGCAAACAACCCGCCACCAAAUUACCCAACUGACUCUCCCCUCCUUCCCUUCCCUCAGACCCACCCGACCAGCCCCCAAGCCGUCCAGGCUCUGCACUGCUCUCUCAUCCUCCGCCAUUGAGACAUCCCCUCCAGCUCCGGAGCUGGAGACAUCCAGGGAUGCCGAGAAGUUCGACUGGUACGCGCAGUGGUACCCGGUCAUGCCGGUCUGCGACCUCGACAAGCGGCGGCCCCACGCGAAGCGGGUGCUGGGCAUUGACGUCGUUGUGUGGUGGGACCGCAACGAGGCCGCAUGGAAGGUCAUGGAUGACAGGUGCUCCCACCGCCUCGCCCCGCUGUCGGAGGGCAGGAUAGACCAGUGGGGCAGGCUGCAGUGCGUCUACCACGGCUGGUGCUUCGACGGCUCCGGCGACUGCAAGCUCAUCCCUCAGGCUCCCCGCGAUGGCCCUCCGGUUCAUACAUUCAAGCAAGCUUGUGUUGCCGUCUAUCCGAGCACCGUGCAGCAUGACAUUGUUUGGUUUUGGCCUAAUUCGGACCCGCAGUACAAAGAUAUCAUCACGAAGAAGAAGCCCCCAUCUAUCAAGGAACUGGAGGACCCGUCGUUCACCAAGGCAAUGGGAAAUAGAGACAUCCCUUAUGGGUACGAGGUGUUGAUUGAAAACCUCAUGGAUCCUGCCCACGUACCUUAUGCACACCACGGGAUAAUGGGAGGCCAAACACCCAGAAAAAGAGAGAAAGUCGAUAGAGAAGGAGGAAGGCCACUUGAAUUAAGCAUCAAAAAGUUGGACAUAAACGGUUUUGUAGCUAAGCAGGAAUGGGGAACCAGCAGGUUUCUUCCCCCUUGUAUAUUCUAUGCCAAUUCUGAUCCUUUCAUAGAUCCUGGUAAUGGGUCAGCAUCAUCAGCCGAGAUGCAAAAGGCACCAUCAUCACCUUUGGGACCAAACCGGAAAUUGGCUUUGAUUUUCAUCUGUAUCCCUGUUAGCCCUGGAAAGAGCAGGUUGAUAUGGGUUUUCCCGAGAAAUUUUGGGGUCUGGAUGGAUCGUGUUGUUCCUCGGUGGAUUUUCCACAUCGGACAAAACCUGAUCCUGGAUUCAGAUUUAUAUCUUCUUCAUGUUGAGGAACACAAGAUAAUGGAGGUCGGGUCUUCCAAUUGGCAGAAGGCAUGUUUCGUACCUACAAAAUCAGACGCUCUCGUGGUUGGCUUCAGAAAAUGGUUAAACAAGUAUGCUGGUGGUCAAGUCGAUUGGAGAGGCAAGUUCAGUGGGGCACUUCCCCCUACUCCUCCACGAGAGCGGCUGAUGGACAGGUACUGGUCCCAUGUGGUGAACUGCAGCAGCUGCAAUACUGCAUACAAGGGCCUCAACGCGCUCGAGGUUGCGCUGCAGAUAGCUUCCGUUGCUUUGCUUGGGAUUCUUGCUGCGACCAAGCAGAGUGCCGCCUCAGCAAUUAGGAGAAACACAGUCCUCGUAAUGGCAGUGCUAUGUUUCGCAGCGUCAAGGUGGUUGGCUCAUUUCAUCUACAAGAAAUUCCGGUACCACGACUAUGACCAUGCCUUCCGCUGAAAAUCAUUCGGUAUCUGGCCGAGCCGGAACGUUGCAAUUGGAAAUAGCAGAUCGUACUAGACCGAUGCCUGAGCUCCUAUGAUACAGCUUCAAAGGCCCAUUAUAAUUGAAAGAGUUUCGAUAUAAAACGCUAUUAAAGCCCAAUUCAUGGUUCUGUUCAGUGGUCUCUAUCAGCCCAACUGAAAGCUGAUAGUUCCAAACCGACACGACAGUCGACCCCCCUUAUUAGGAUAUUAUAUAUUUUUCUUUAUUUAUUGUUAGUUUUGUGUGAAGUUUAUUAAUCAACCUAGUGUCGUAUAUGUUCGUUUGCGUUGCGUGUUUCAAUAAUAUUCGAACGACUAUUAUCCAUAUAAA